CGGAGCGAACGAACCGACAGCAGCAGGACGUGCCUUCCUACCUCGAUCGUACACGUCGAUCUUCCGAUAAUUUCUCGACUCGUGAAAAACAUACACGAUAAUACACACACGCACACGUAUAUAUAUAUAGAACUUGAUAAAAAAAAAAUAGAAAAAGUCUAUAUAUAUGUAUAUGAAUCUAUAUAUAAAAUCGUAAGAAUAAAUAAAUACGAAAAUAUAUAGAAAAGAAAGAAAAUUGGCACAAAUUGUCCCAUUCGUCGCUCUGCUCAUUCCGCUUUGUCUCAUCCAUCCUUUUUCGUUCCCACGUGACAACGGCCGUAUAAAUAACUCGAUUAUUUAUUCAUGGCAGUGCGACUUUGAAGUAUUUUUAUUUUUCAACGCUAAAUAUUCGGAGACUUGACGAAAAACUGUUGUUUAUGUACUAUUUGGUACUUGCUGACGAGAACCGAACGAUUGUCUCGCCUCUGGAUCGGAAAAUCGGUAAACAAUACGCGCGACUGGCCGUGUUUGUACUGUGGAGUUUCAUGGACUCUUGCGGGGUGCUGCAGUUUUAAAAUAAGAACGAAAGAGGAGAGCUCCGUUGAGGAAUGCUCGGAGAGUGGAAUUGAUAAAAGUGCGCUUUUCGAAAGUUUCCUCACACUCCCUCGGUCCGAGCUCUUGGUGGGGCUGUGGCAAACGAUCGACACUUCGGAUAGGCGCGGUCCCGGCGACAAUCUACCAAAGCAUAAGCAACGAUUUUCUUUUUUCGGCUUCAUUUUCGCACAUCGAAGCUGCCUGUUCUUGACGCUGUCAGAGAAACUGUCACUCGGACUAAAAAGCUUCAGACUUUUCGAAGAUAAAUUAUUAUUUGUGUGGCUAAAGUGCAACGAACCAAAUCGCUCGAGAUUUUACUGUCUUGCUUCGGCUCAACGUUGUGCCGAAUACUGAUUUUCGUAACCUCGACAUAUUCAGAAGCUCCGCUGUGUCUAACAAGUGACUUUUCCGAAAAGUGCACCUUCUCCCCUCGCCCAGCCCUAACAGCCCACUUGUUACGGACAGUUAUAUCGGGUUUUUGCAAAAACCAGUGAAAUACACAACAAAACAAUGGCUUUGAGGAUGAUCGCGUCUACGAGGCUCACUUUACUUCCCGUCUUUUUCGUCAGCCUCGUACUCUGCAUCGGCGUGACACAUGCCAUAAGAUGUUACAAAUGCGGACAGUACAAUGACGGAGUCGGAAGCAUCACUCCGUGCAUCAAUUACACGGCUUACAUGCACCUUGAAGAAUGUCCACCUGCAUCGGAAUGGUGUAUCAAAUACGUCAGCGAAGGCUCAACCGUAAGGGAUUGCGUGCCAACCUGUGUGGAAAAGGAGGUAUGGAGCACGAGAACAUAUUGCUGCCAGGAGGAGGGUUGCAACUCCGGUCCUUCAAUGAGAUCGACAUCGAACGUUCUAUGGGCGUUUGGAAUCUCGACGAUCUCCAUUAUCCUCGGCUCGAGUGCUCUUCGUGGCUAACUCCGACCCAUCUUUCAUCAUUUCAACGACAUCCUAAAAAACUAAAAGAGAAGAAAGAAGGGACGAAAGAAAACCUCGAGCAGCAGCAACAACAACAGCAACAACAACAAAAAUGAGGAUAAAAAUAAACCCACAAAAUAUAUAUAAAAAUAAUUAUUAUUAUAAUUCUACAGAGAUACGGAACUCGUCGUCGCAACGUGUAACGAGAUUCGUGAGUUAUUGUCAGCUGUAGCAAGCGGAGAUGUCUCGAGUUCCCUCAAUCUCCAGCUCAGCAUUUGUUAUAAUUAUUAUUACGAUAUUAUUGUUAUUAUUAUUAUUAUUGCGAUUAUAAUGCUUUAGCCGAUCAUUCGGACAGAAUAUUCUGUCUUCCCUUCGAAGCUUUUCAUCACGAGUCGUCUUAAGCCCCCCCGGCCCCGCUCCUUUCUCGCAUUUGUACACUCACGUUAUUAAACUUAUAAUAUUAGAGUCUGAAAUAACGUGAAAAAGCAACAGGACCGAAUGAAUAUACAUAUAAAUAUCGAUAAAACAAACACAUAUUUAAAAUCAUUCAUUAAUCGCGUUAGGUCUACCGUCGAGCGACGAAAGAAAAAUAAUAAUUACUCUCGUUUAAAGUAUGCAUUAUUCAUUUUCAAUCAUGCACACUCGCGACUCUCGACAACGAUGUGCGAGAUCUGAGUGAGAGAAAAGAAUAAAGGAAAACGGAUAAUGAAAAAAAAAAAAAAAAAAACAAAAGUUUGUAAAUAUAAAACGGGGGAGGGGUCGCGGCAGGAUGGGAGAAAAGCACAUUGAUAAUUGUCGUAAUUUAUUUCCCAGUAGAUUCGUAAAAACGUUUUCACGUAUGUACACAUUAAUAUACACGAAAUUCGGGCGUUCGUCGGCUAAAAGAAAAAAAAAGAGAAAAACCACAUUGAGGGAAGAGAAAAAAACGUUUUACACGCUUGAAUUUAAUAAAUCUUUCAUUCGCCGUCGUAUGUGCGCCGAGAAUGGGCAAGAUUUUGAGAAGCAUUCAUCAACGCGCCUGCGGCUUGAACGCGCUUCACUCGAGUUUUUGCACCUUCGGACCACUAUUAAUGUACCAGAUUAAUACCGAGAGAAAGAGAAAAAAGGAAAAAUAUUGGCGUUAUAUAGCGGUGCGUAGACGCGUGGAAACCGAACGAGAAAUACAAAUUUCACGUUUCCGUUUCGUGUGGAUUCCACGGAUUCGGUGAAGAGCACGUUGUGUUGUCAGUGCGGUUGCUCCGAGACAAGUUCACGAGAGUAUGCAAAGGUGUGUACACAACAUUCCUGUAAAGAGAUACGAGCACGUGAGGCAGAGAGAGAGAGAGAGAGAGGAAGAGAAAUCUGUACGGAAACACCGAACUCUCCUCCACCGCACCCAGGACCAGCUGCACUGCGGUAUAACACUUUUACCGCUACUCUCCGAACCAUCUCGUUCGACCGAACAGCCGUAUAUAUUCCUACCAAGAUACGACUACCUUCCCAACUACCAACGAAACGCACUGCUUGCUCUGCCAUAAAACCUUCUCAAAUGUCAUACGAAAAUGAGAUUCCAAACAAAACUUGGGAAUCUCAGCGGUAAAGUUGCCUCGAAAAAUAUCGAAUAUCGCAAAACGUUCGUUCUGUUAUCGUUUUGUCUAUUUCCUUGCGAGUUAUUACAUGUUUAUGUGAAAAAAAUAAACUUUUUGGAGGAUUGAGUUUUUGUAAUAUCUCAAACACUUUUUCAUUCAGUUAGGGAUUCGACUGUUCGUUGAAUCAUUAAAAAAGUGCAGAGAUUGAUUACGAUUCGUAAUUCGCGUGAAGAUUUUCCCUCGUAGCUCCGAAAAGUCGUCACCGAAUCGAUAAAUUCGAGACUGUUCAAAGACCACUUAAAUUUAUUGAAAAUCAAUCGUAAUUACAGAUCUUGUUACACGAGCUUCGUAAAUCAUUUUCUCCCUUGGUUCAAACGGAUCGAAAAAUUCCGAGAUUGUGGACAGGUGAGGAAGAACAAACCCAAAUCAGUAACGACGACAUUGGCCAAUGAAAUCGCGAUCGAUUAUGAAUAUCCGUGUAAAAAUCUCAUGCUCGCAUGCUCGCACGCGGUUCAGCUGAAUGUCGAAGGUUGUUUUAGCCUACCGACGCCGAGUCGCGAGGCACUCGAGAGCUCUUUCACAGAACGACGAGAGGAAAUUUAAAAAAAGUAAAAACUUAGAGAGAGAGCGAAGAAACAACGUAUAUGAGUAUAAAAAAAAGAAAGAGGAAAUGAUUUUUUUUUUCUUUUUUUUUUUUCAAAAGGCUCGCAAACCUCGUCGUACUUUCAGCUUAUGCACAGGCUCGCCGAUGAAUGCCCAGCAGCCCCGGUUACACGUACUUUUUAAAAUCGUAAGCUUAGUAUUGAUUACACGCAGCCGCAAGCAAUCACACGAAAUGAAGAAUUCACACGCAGACAGGAGUUGGAAAAAAAGCACGAAUAAAAUGGAAUUUGAAGAAAAACGAAAACGAAUUCAAAGUCGACGCCCACGUAAGCUAUGCACGAUUAAUAUAAUAUAUCAAUUAUCCAUACACUACUAUUAAAAACUACCAUUACCUACUACUUACUUAAUUGCUACUUAAAUAUCAAUGAAAUAAACUACUAAUAAUAAUUUACAUAUUAUUGCGACUUAAAAAUUAAAAAGAAAACGAAUAAUAAAUAUAGAACAAAAAGCGAUUGCAUACUGAGCGAGGAAUCUUACGAAAAUGGUUGACGACGAAUGCUUGAACAACACGACUAUGUUGAAGCAUUACUUUGACAAAAAUGAGAAUCAUGAAAUUACUUGCGAAAAAAAACGCAUUCUAACGUUUGUGUGGGAAAGCUAUGAAGUUUUACAACCGAUUCCAUCUCAUUCGAUGAUUCUCCAUUUUCGAAAGCUCUUGGCUCUCCCUCUCUCUCUCUCUCUCUCUCUCACUCUCCCUCCCUAUUUGACUCUCCACAGUCCUAUACAUCGAGAAACGAUAUUUGAAAUUUUCGUAAAAGUGUCAAUUAACUUUGUGAAAAUGAAAGAUUCUCGAAAAUACGAAACUUGGUCGAAUUUUCAACAUAAUCUUCCAGUUGAAUAUUUUUUUUCUCACUUUUGUCAGAGAUACCAAGAAUGAUGAAAACUGCAACGAAUUUUUGGCUUGGCAAUUGUCACAGCCUCGUCAUUAACAUCAGAGACAAUAACAGCCUUGUGAAAAAAGGCCCGUUCUACAAAAACUCGUCGAAGAUUUUUCUUUUCGGACUUGGGAGAGGGAAAAUAGGAGGGAAUUUAAAAAGAAAAAAUAUAUGACUAAAUUGAUAAUAAAAAAAAAAAAAAAAAAAAACUUUGAUCACAGUGUCGCGCCAUAUUGAAUAAUCGAGACUCGCGUAUCGAUUCAUUUUAAAGACAUAAACGCAUCGUAGAUCGAUGAUAGAUUAUUACGAUAGUUAUUAUUAAUUUUGUUAUCAUCAUUAUUAUUAUAUAUAUUAUAUAUACAUAAAUAUAUAUUAUAUAAAAAUUAUUGAUAUUAUUACCAAUGAUCGUAGCUAUAACGAGAAAUUAAUUGCUUCAUUAGCGUUAAUCAGCGAUUAUUCAUAAAUACAGAGCUACCAGUUGCACACAAGUUUCACUCCCUUUCCAGCAUCCUUUUUCCUUCCCCUUCCGUCGAUACAUCGAGAAAAUGGAGAAAAAUAAAAAAAAAUUCAAUAAAACCAACAAAAAAAAAUGUAACUAGCGUUCGCGUAAUUAUAUAUACUUAUCCGUUAUAUAUGCCAAGAUCCAAUUAGUAGAUGCGGUGAUAUGUCUGUACGAUUGGCGCCCACAUUGCCAGAUGGAAGUUACACACUCGGAACCAUACACGACAUUUGUACGUAAACAAACGAAAAAACCAAAUAAAGAAACUUCAAAAUAAAAGGAGUCGAUCGCGUGUGAGGGAAAAAUGAGUUUGGGGCAUAUUCACUAAUAAGAAACCUCACAACCAACCACGUAAUCAUGGAAAAAUCGUGAAGAUAAUAUCUAUUAGGGUGAUGCAAAAAAAAUCGAUUUUUUUUCUCAAAGCUCCAACGGAAAUCGUUGGAACAAAAAAAAAGUAAUUUUCUCAAAAUUUCAAAUUUUCAAAACAUUUUUUAGAUAGCGCUCAAGCCGCUUUUCGAUAUUUUAUUAUUUUUUUUCUCAAAAAUCGCGUAGCGAAAAUUAUUUUUUUGCUCUCAUAGCAGAAAGUGUUAGUGCUCGAUGGAAUCAUAAAUCUAAUAAAAUUUUGUCACUCUCAAAACUAUUUUAUGGCUACCUCGCAUAAUUUAUUUAUUUUUUUCUCUGUGUUUAACUAUAAAUUAUGAGAUGAAAAAACUUGUGGCUACAAAUAACUAUUCUUGUCGUCCUUCCCAAAAAGGCGUGAAAGUAUUUUGCAAAAAGAGUUUUUCAAAAUUUUGCCGAAUUCAAAUGAUCUAUGUUAAAGUCUGGUAUUUCACCAUUUCAUAAUUUGGGAAUUUUCUAGUUUUCUCGUGCGUUAUAAAAAUUAGUAAAAUAUUUUGACUGUUUAGAUUGACUUGACUUUUACUGUUUACAAUCAAACUAUUUGAGUUUGUACAGUAUGACAACUUUGUACAAUAGACCUAUUUCGAUCUUGUUAAUUUAAUUUUUUUUCUGUACUUGCAAAAAUGAUGAGACCGAUUGGAAGUUUGAUGAAAAUGAAAAUGAAAUGUUGAGAUGAUGGAAGUUUGAUGAAAAAUAUUUGCAAUUUUGCAUGUAUUGGUCUCCAUUUUUUUUUUAACAGAAUUCGGUCAAAAUAUUUAAAUAAUUUUUAUAACGCACGAAAAAACUAGAAAAUUUACAAAUUUUAACGUUUUCUGCGAUGAAACAUCAGAAUUUGAAAUAAAGAAUUCGGCAAAACACAGCUUUAUUUGGCAUUUUGUCAUUUUUGUACGAUGCCCUAGCAAGUUUUCAUAUGCAUAAAGUAUAUAUCUGUAUGAAUAAUACAAGAAAAUUGAAAUCGAUCGUUUGAGAAAACGCAAAAAUAUUUAUUAUAACACAAAAUUUUCGAAAUCUAUAUUUUUGCAAAAUACUUUUACUCCUUUUUUGGAAGGACGACAAGAAUAGUUAUUUGUAGCCACACGUUUUUUCAUCUCAUAAUUUAUAACUAAACGUAGAGAAAAAACAGAAAUAAAUUAUGCGAGGUAGCCAGCAUAAAAUUGUUUAGAGAGUGACAAAAUUUUAUUAGAUUUAUGAUUUCAUGGAGCACUAACACUUUCUGCUAUGAGAACAAAAAAAAACAUUUGCUACGCGAUUUUUGAGAAAAAAAAACAAGAAAAUAUCGAAAAGCGGUUUGAGCACUAUGUGAACAUUUUUUUUAAUCCGAAAUUUUGGGGAAAUCACUUUUUCUUACGAACCAUUUCCGUUGGAGCUCCGAGAAAAAAAAAUAUCGAUUUUUUUUGCAUUACCCUAUAAUAUAUACACAAAUGUAUAUUGCUUGCCUCGAUUAAUCACAUCGUUUUGUAAUAUUUGUAGUCAAGACGAGAAUCAACAAUCAUCGCUCAUGCCAUGAUCGAUCCUAAUUUCUGGUCAUCGAUCAUGAUCUCAUUCGCUCCUUCUCUGCAGAGAAUCUGCCUGAAUCGUUCGUUCAAAUCUGUUCGACUUUUCCAUAUCGCUCUACGAAUGAUCGGCGUUCAUUUCAAGUUUAUGUCAACAAUCACCGCAACGAAUAUGUUGUUACGAAAUUGUGCGAUGGAGGAUGUGCACGAGAGGGGAAUAAAAUGGUUAGACCUCGAAAAAAAAACUCGAUACUUUGUGUUAUCAGGUACGGAAAUUGAACAAGAAAAAGAACAAACCGAUAAUCAUACGGUCUUCAUCGCACACAGGGCAAAACGCUGAUAUUUGGAACACGAAGUUUGUUACAAAAAUAACCGGGUUUGAUCUUGUAGCUGCACUCUCGACCGGUCCAACCAAGCCACAAAGAGCUCCGUGACAUUUUCCCAACGGGCGAUCUCGUGGUUUCUCUCUCCCUCUCUUUCUGUACGUGACAAUUAACCAUUCCGAAACACGAAUAGGCCAAAGUACACUAUUGACGGUUCGAGCCCAAACCCUCGCUGCCCUCCUCCUUCUUUUUCUCCCUUUCAUACGUUCUCGUUAUAUACACUCUCCACGCAAAAUUCACCGUUGAAUCAACAGAAAUUCAUCAUCGAGUUUAAACGCGGUUCCUACAAAACGUUCCAAAACGAAACACUCGUUUCUAUAAUCGACCUUCGCUUUUCGAAAUAACUUCCCCGACUAUUACGAUCUUUUGUACUUCUCAAAUGACAGAAACGACUGUGAAUUAACGACCGAUGCUUCCUUCCGUAGCAAUUAAUUCUCUCCAAAUUGAGACAAUUGUCAUCAAAUACUCGAUCCCUUUUUCCAACAAUUUUCGACGGGAAAAAUUCCGGAUUUUUCUACUUCCCACAUUUCCGAUGCAUUGGGUAAAAAAAACUUUGUUUACUGAAAUACUUUUUAGGUGAAUAAGUGAAAUAUAAUGUAAAACGAAUUUUCUCUCGGAAAAAUUCAAUUAAACGGUGUUAUCGUUAGUUUCAUAGUGUCUUCCAUCGCGAAUAGAUCGCUUCGUCCAUUCGUCGCCUUCUUUAAGGUAAUACUGUACGGCAUACUGGUCAAAUGAGUGCUAAAUUUUCAAAACGCAUUUAAAUUAAACGUAUUGUUAGUGAAUUUGUAUUAUAGCAUAUUGUAACAAUAUAGAAAACGACAGUUUUGCAAAACCAUCAGCUGAUGAAUGCGAAUUUCCGCGAUGACACAUUUUCACUGGUAUUUUACAAAGAAUUAUCUGUAUUUUCCAACCGAUUUUAUUGCACCACGUCUCAUUUUAUUCCUCAGCUGAUCCUCUACGACUUUCCCACAUAAAUUUUCAGUGAAAUUCAUUCCUUUAGAAAUGAUUAAUGAAAAAGUGUUCUUGCCUAAUGAACGAUUAGCUGCAACAGUGAAAAGUUUAAGUUAAAAAAACUACAUGGUGGAUUCGUAGAGGAUGAGUAAAGAAACAAAAUGAGACGUGGUCCAAGUCGGUCAAAAAAUGCAGAUAAUUCUUUGAAAAAAACCAGCAGAAAUGUGUCAUCGUCGAAAUUUGCAUUUGCCAGUUGACGGUUUUGCAAAACUAUCGUUUUUCAUAUUUUUACAUGUUAAUAAGAUACCCUGUGAUACGAAUCCACCAACAAUGCGUUUAAUCGGUACGUUGAAUUUGGUAUAAAAGCGUUUUGAAAAUUUAGCACUUAUUUGACUAGCACACGGUAGAGUAGUUACCCUAAUCAGAGACUCUGCUUACUCUCAUUUACGCAGUACCCUCGUGACAAUCGAAGUGGUGCUGGACCUGGUAACGUGAACGUGGCGUUUGUUACCAAGUUGCUUCUCUGUUUUUCACGCGCGCGUCGUCCGAUGCAAACUAAUUUUUGUUACUCUUGUCCCAUGUCUGCGACGGCGUUGUACACGGAUACGUGUAUAUAGAGAACUUGGUGGCAUGAAGCUGCGGAGACACGAUAACGAAACGCUGACGUUCGAGGGAAAGCUCAUCCCUCUCUUUUUCUUGAUAGUCGAGUGAAGAUAUAAGAAAAAUAGGAUUGGAAAACGGAGGGGCGGGAAGUGUGGAGGCAAAUGAGCAAAGAUCGGUCCCCAAGGACGAGUUGUGAUUUCUGUGGAGAUCGUAAAACUGGAAGCAAAGUGAAGAUCGAAAGAGGGAGCGAGAAAAAGAGAGAGAGAGAGAGAGAGACAAAGUUCCGGGGUCGUAAAUGCGAAGAUUGUGUCACGAAAGAGCUGGUGCAGCUACGCUCGUCGCUCCAAAUUAUCCGGAAGGGCACCGCGAUUCUCCGCCUCAUUUUUUCUCUUCGUUUUAACUCGCAUUGCAUUUGUUUGGAUGAACUUUGAAUACGAAAACGGUAGAAAAGAGUGGAGUGCGUAUGAAUCGUCUAAAAGUAAACAUAAAUUUAAGCAAGCAUAUGAAAAACGACAAAAACCAAACGACUAAGGGAAAAUUAGCUAACAAAUACCCUCGAUGAGGGAACACCGCGAAGCAGUCUGAUUGAUAGCAUCUUUCUACGAAACAUGCACUUUAACAAAUAUUAUUCGCCCUUCAAUUCGCCGUGAAUCGAAUUCAAACCUCGAGGUCUUUGACUCUCUUGAACAGAAUAAACGCUAUAAAGAAAACACACACACACACACACUGAAAAGGAGGAACAUAGAAAAAAACUGACACUAAAGCCGAUGUUGACCAAAUUCGCAACGAAUCAUUUAACUUUGUACACUUCGCGGUAGUGUUUCGAAGCGAUCGAGAUACUGAUAUCCGCGUAGUGCUACGUCACUUUAAAUUUUUAGCAUUUUUAGGACGAUAAACGAAAAAAAUAAAUAAAAUGUGACACUAAGAAUUUCGCAAUAUAGUAAAGAGAAAAAGUGACUAAGAAGCGAUGAGAAAAAAUAUACAGGACGAAAGAAUACAGUGAAUUAUAGAUCUAUAAGCAGAAUUAUCAUACAUAUGUACUUAUGUCAAAGUUGUACAUUUAUAAUAGACCCGCAAUAAAAAUAAUAUUGAAAAAACA